UAAAAUAUGAUCAGCAAAGAAUUGAAACCACUGUAUCAAAUGACAAGCCCAGAAUACCUGCAUGAUACGUGUUGAGAAAGACAAAGCCAAGGUCGACUUAGGUAAGAUUCCCGAUCCUCUGUGCUUCUACCCCGUAUUUUUGAAAGUUGAUUGUAGCACUUCAAAGGAAGAGGAAUCAAAUGCAAAGAUUGGAAAUGAGGAUCUUUACACUAUCCAUGUGACAUCACGAGUGCGUCGUGCGUCACCGGCCAACUACUGGACAACAGAACAGGAAGUCGAACCGAUGGGAGGGGAAAAAACCGCAAAGGUAUUUUGAGGAGACUGGAUAUAAAGAGCUUUCCUUGAAAGCUGUGUAUAAUUUGAAUAAGUGAGAGUCCUCAGAGAUUUUCUAGGGAAUUACCACAUCAUGCCAGAGGAAAAGACCGGCCUUGCUUUCUCCGGUGGUGGAAUUCGCUCUGCUGCAUUGAGCUCCGGUGUGUUACGAAGGCUUCUACAUCGUAAAGUUAAAAUUGAUUACGUUAGCUGCGUUUCCGGAGGAAAUUACACAGCCGCCGCCUACGUGGAUUGGAAAUACAGAAACAACAAAGAGGAUGAUCCGAAAUGGCAUAAUAAAUUUUUUGAACACAUGCGAAGCAGAGUUGGUUACAUUUGCAGUUGGAAAAAUCCAUUGCAAGGCAUUUUAGAGAGCAUCAUACUGGUUUUCCUGCUGAUCACAGUCAAUCUUCUUAUCCCCUGCAUCAUCUACAGCGCCGGUGCUGUUCCAUCUGCCUACGUCAUCGAUUACCUGCUUGGCACGGUCAUGCGCAAAGGCUUUAACUGCACCGAUGUCCCACAAAUUUCAAAAGGACUGAACAAUUCAAGGAAACGUUGCACUCAACAAUUCGAAAUCGACGAGCCAGAGAUGCGCAAGCCAGUUUACCUGUUCUUUUUUCUUUUCCUUGCAUUCUUUGUGUCCCACGUCAUCAAGACUAUCGCUCCAUUAAGACUUCGCUCGAUUUCCCGUUACUUCAAGAUUUUGUCCGGGUCGCUGCUUGCUUUAACGUACAUUCCCUGGUUGAUGGAGCAGUUUACUGAGGUUCUUCCCGAUUGGCUUUAUACGCUAGUAAUCGUGCUGAGCAUCUUUUUCUGGCUUGGAUUUCCACCCUUACGAGGCAAGGCAUCCUUAGCACUAGUGGCGUACGUUUAUGCAUCCGUUGUGAGAUGGCGAGUGUAUGAGACCAGUGUUAUAGGUAUCGAGUAUGAGGAGAAACUUUUUUACAAUCUUCUCCUCGUUUCUGGAUUUUGCUUAUGGUUGAAUCCUUUCGUUGGAAUGUUCAGCUCCACGGCAAUUUUUACAUACUACAAGUGGAGACUGCAGCGAGCGUUUUUUACGAAGAAAAGCGUUGGUUUACUUGGCUGUAACGGAAUCAGUUGCCGAGACUUCUUCCCGAUACUGUCCUGCUAUAGCCCCGAGGAGCACGACCCAGCCAAAGAACCUCUAGUCAUGGAUGACCUAAAGCAAGUCAAACCGCAAUACAUCAGUAACGUGGCAGUGGAUUAUUGGCGCAAGAAACCGAUCCUAAAAGAGCCUUCCUACGCCAUCAUGGCACUGUCACCGACUGAGAAUGAACGAAUCGACCAUCAGCCGGGGGAACCUAGUGUGGAGGACAAAUUGUAUCCAAAAUACGUCAAUCAGACGGAUGCCAUGGUAACCUCUGCUGCUGUGAUGGCACUGAGUCCGGAGCAGGAGGAGCCGUUCAGAGAUCUACAGAUGCUUUUGGGAUUAACCCUCCGAAAAGGAAUCAGGAGUAAUCCGAAUGAGUCUUUCGGAUUAGCUUCAAAGAUUUUAGCGGUUUUAAUCCAGAGCAUCGCAGCCCUCCCGAUAAUAUUGCUUGCAGCCAUCUGGCAUUCUCCUUGGGACAUGAAGAAUGCUGAGAGAGCCGCUAUUGCUUCGUUCGUGGUCUAUUUUAUAAUUUUUUUCGGAAUUGCCUUGUUGCAAACUGGCCGUGAAACACCAUGCUUCCUCGACAACUUUGCAAGAUGGUGUCACGUACAUUUAUAUCAUGUUCGAAUGUUGCGUGAGUUAUUUCAAGUGAACAACGUCGGCCCCAGGCCCCCAGCACUGCUAUCUCUCAGUGAUGGUGGUCGCCUGGAGAAAUUUGGUUUGCUACCACUACUGAAGAAAAGACUUAAGCGGAUUUUAAUCGUGGAUGGAAGUUUCAUAGUGAACGAUGAAGACUACGCCAAACAGAUCCUGAAAUCGAUGGAUCAAGCCAGAAAGGUCCUGAAUUGUGAGUUUGUGGGAUUUGGUGGCCGUGAUGUGAAGGAGGAGAUGCGCAAAACGUACGUUGAUGUACCUCGAGGUCGCCAGCCAAGAUAUCAUAGAUUUAAGGUUCAGUAUUACGACAAAAAACCCGAUGAAAGCUACGAGAAAGUGAGUGAAGGCGACAUAAUGAUCAUCGCACCUCGUUACCCCAAGUAUGGAAAACCAUCUCUAGAUUUGGAAAAUAAUUGGGAUCAGUACCACCAAGAUACCGGAGAGCGACUUGACGAAAAAGAGUGGGGUAAAGGGCCUGUUCUCAGCGAAGAUGAAGUUGACCGCUUGACGUUCUGCUGCUGUGAAUGUUGUCACUCAAACUCCAAAGUCCUUCAGUGGAUAUCUAAAAAGCUUUGUUUGGGAUUCCCAAGUACGUCAACUGUCAAUCAAUUCUUUACGUCUUCACUCUAUACAGCUUAUCACCGCGAGGGGUAUCGCGCAUGCGUAGAAUCUGGUGCCGAGGAAUUUCUUAAGGAGUGUGAUGCCACUGAACUCGCAGAUAUUGUGUAAUGAAGAA